AUGGCUUCUGUUGCAUUCUGUUCUGGAAAUCUAACAAGUGCUCACAAAUUUCGUUCCGUCAUCCCUUGUACAAGAAACCCCUCGAUUAGCUGCAAGGUCAGUUUUGAGGAAAAUGGGAAGCCUGGUGUACAAAGCCUCACUAGCAACCAGGAAGCACUUCCUAAACUUUUUACUCCAUACAAAUCCGAGAGAUAUCCAGUGAAGAAAGAUGAAUCCAAACUUCGGGUUUUUUCGGGAACUGCCAACCCCGCACUAUCUAAGGAAAUUGCAUGCUACAUGGGUCUGGACCUUGGAGAUAUCAAGAUAAAAUGUUUUGCAGAUGGUGAAAUAUACGUUCAGUUGUGUGAAAGUGUCAGAGGGUGUGAUGUAUUUCUUGUGCAACCAACAUGUCCUCCUGCAAGUGAGAAUCUCAUGGAGCUUUUAGUAAUGAUAGAUGCCUGUCGAAGGGCAUCUGCAAAAACUGUUACUGCAGUUAUCCCAUACUUCGGAUACGCAAGAGCUGAUCGCAAGAAUCAAGGGCGAGAAUCAAUUUCAGCUAAGCUUGUUGCCAAUCUUAUAACGGAAGCUGGGGCAGAUCGUGUUCUUGCUUGUGAUCUGCAUUCAGGGCAAUCUAUAGGCUAUUUUGACAUUCCAGUUAAUCACAUACAUGGUCAGCCGGUCAUACUUGAUUACCUCGCCAGCAAGACCAUAUGUGCUGAGGAUUUAGUAGUGGUGUCCCCAGAUGUUGGUGGGGUUGCUAGAGCUCGAGCUUUUGCGAAGAAAUUAUCGGAUGCACCGUUGGCCAUUGUUGAUAAACGGCGUCAUGGACACAAUGUGGCAGAGGUGAUGAAUUUAAUUGGUGAUGUAAAGGGUAAAGUAGCAGUUAUGGUGGAUGACAUGAUCGACACUGCUGGUACGAUCUCGAAAGGAGCAGCGUUGUUGCAUCAUGAAGGUGCAAGGGAAGUUUAUGCAUGCUGUACACAUGGUGUCUUUAGUCCUCCAGCAAUUGAAAGAUUGUCAAGUGGUCUUUUCCAAGAGGUGAUUAUCACAAAUUCAAUUCCGGUGUCUGAGCAGAACUACUUUCCACAGCUGACUAUCUUAUCUGUAGCAAAUCUAGUUGGAGAGGCCAUCUGGCGUGUUCAUGAUGACUAUGCUGGAGCUUUUGAACAUUUUUCUGGCUUGGGUAUUGAUUGAGAUCCACCAACAUUGCUGAAAUUAAACUGCUCUCUUGUAGCUCGACUGACUUCCCUACUUCUGUACAAACUAACAAACCCAUCAACAAAUGUUGUCCUUGAGCCUUCACAGUUUUGUUGUGUAAAGUUAUGUGCAGAAUGUAUUUGAAGCAAAAUUGCUUUUGUGGCUCGCAUCAAGUUUUUAAUGUUGACACCGAGUGUGAUUAACUUAUUGAACGUCAUCCACUCGGUAAGCAAUUAAAACCUGGUUCGUGAAACAGGGUUAAUAAAUUCCAGAGAAUUUGCUAUCGAU